UUUAAUUUUUAACAAAAAUUAUUGUUUUAAAAAAUUAUUCUUUUAAAUAAAUUUUUGUUGUUGCGAAAGUUUUUUAUCGCAUUUUUAUAAAGUUUUUUAGCUAAGAAUGAAUAUGAAAUGUGAAUGAAUCUGAAGCUUACUGUCAUCCCGCAUGAUCAUAUUUGUAAAAUCGUUUAGUAUCGUGAUCUAUAAUCGAAAAAAAAAACAUAACGUAAAUAAAACACAAUAUGAUAUACAUAUAUACUUUUAAGUAUACAUAAAAGUUCAGUUACAUAUACAAGCAAAUUUUAAUAUCGAUAAGUAGCGGAAUAAUAACAAGAAAAAAAUAAAAAAGUAAUACAAGAGAGAAUAUAACAAGAAAUAUUGAAUAUAUACUAAACAAAAUUACGUGAUCGUUGCGAAUAUAAAUUCGCUAGAACAUAAAACGUUAGAUUCAGUUUGUUCUAAACUGUUAGGAAAAAGUUUACGUAAAAAUUUUGGCGAAUAAAUUUAUUCCGUCAAAUAAAUAUAAAUAUGAAAUCAGAUCAAAGUGAACAAAUUCGUGAUAGUAAAAAUAAAAAUCCUAUUUAUGUAAAAAAUAUAGUACAAAGAUCUGACACUAGUAAUAAUGAAAUUUUAUCAAAUGCAACUGAAGCAACCAAAACAACUGUAACAAAAAUUAUUACAGUUGAUACAAAUGUUGCUGAAUCGAUAAUAUCACCAAGUCUAUCAAUUAAUAAUGAAACAACAGAAAUUACAAAUAUUCCUGAAAAUGUUAUGGAGGCGUUAAAUACUUUAGUGGAAACCAAAUUUUCUACAAAUAAUUUUAAAUAUGAAACAUUACCGGUAUCAGGUCGGGGAGAAAAUUCCUAUGGUUCAGUAUUACAAAUAAAAAUAUAUUUAAAUGAUAAUGAUCAAGUGAAAAAUAAUAAAGAUAAUAAUGAAAAAGAUGAUAGCCAUGAAAUUGAAAACAUUAAGGAUAUUAAACCAAAUGAUCAAUUUUAUUGUAUUGUUAAAAUAUCACCUAAAAAUGAGGCUCGUCGGCAAACUAUGAAAGUUGUGGAAUAUUAUCAACGUGAAACUUAUGUAUACAAAAAUAUUUUUUUAGAAUAUAUGAAAUUGCAAAGUAACAAUAUGACUUUGCAAAAGAAUUCAAAUAUUUUUAUAUAUGACGAUUACGAACACGAGAAGAAGCUAAUUGAUUUAAAGAUCGCUCCAAUAUUAUACUCAUCGUCGAAUGAACCACAAAAUGAAUUUCUUCUCUUAGAAGAUCUUCAUCAAUCUGGAUAUUUAAGAUAUAAUCGUAAAAAUACCGUUACUUAUGAUCAUGUAGUAUUGGCAAUUAAGGAAUUAGCAAAAUAUCACGCGUUAUCUUUUGUUUUACGUUCCAAAAAUCCACAAAAAUUUGAUGAUAUUGUUAAUAAUAUAAGAACAGAUAAUUUGUUUUCAGAAGCUUUAUCACAAGUAUCAGUCGAAUUUGGUAAAAAAUAUAUGAAGGCUGCAAUUAAAAUGCUUGAAACGGAAAACCAACUGCAUUCCAGAGUACUAAAAAAUAAAGACAAAAUUAUUAAUUCUAUUUCUGUAUUAUACGAUAAUUUCAAAGAAAUUUGUAUUAAGUUAGUAGAUGGAAGUGCAAUUGAACCUUAUGCUGCUAUUUGUCAUGGAGAUUUUUGGAAUAAUAACAUUUUGUACAAGUACAAUGAGAAUAACAUUCCAGUAUCAGCAAAGUUAAUAGACUUCCAAAUGGCUCGUUAUUCAGCACCAGUACUAGAUCUUGUACAUUAUUUAUUUACAUGUACUGGCAAACAACUACGUGAUAAAUAUUUUGAUGAUUUCAAGGAUAAUUAUUAUAACGAAUUAGCAAAUACAUUAAGAAAUUUUGAUAUAGAUCCAAAUGAAAUUUUCCCACGUCUGAUUUUUGAAAAUCAAAUUCACCAACAUGGUAUAUAUGGUUUUUGCAUGGCCUGUUAUGCAGUACCUUUCUUUAUAUCAGAUUCAUCAGAUUUACCAAAUUUAGAUGAAGCAUCAGAGGCUAUGAGAGAAUUAUCUGAAAGUUCAUCAGAUGACGGUGAAUGUGAUGAAGAUAAAGAUUUAAAAACAACAGCUUUAUUGGAAGAAUACGAAAUGUUGAACGAAAGAACAACACCUAUUUUCAAAGAACGUAUGGUUGGAGUUUUAAUUGAUUUAGCAAAAUAUAAUAUGUUAGAUAGUACUUUUUUAAAAUCUUAAAGAAAACUUUUGGGAAACUUUACAACUAUAAAAGAAAACAAUUAUUUUAUUUAUAUUGAUGUUAGUAUUUUGUGUAUUUAUAUAACAAAAGUCGGAGAGGUUAGUGAUGGUAAUAUCCAAAAGGCUAUAUUUUUAAAUAGUGUUAUUGUAAUUAUUUAAAUGUUAAUUUUUUUUUAUUAUUUAUUCUAUUUUAAUCUAUUAUUAAAAUUUAUUUAAAUUAAUAAUUCCUUUUUACACUUUUUUUAUUACAACUUCAGUCAUAUUUAUGUACAUAUAUUUUUA